AUGGACAAAUUUGAAUACGUUAACAAGGCGAAUGAAACCUUCAGUGACAUGGAGGCCUAUACUCUUCUGGCCGGAGACCCAACUAAAAAGCAAACCGCAGCCAUCAAGAAGAAGGUUAAUGAGCUCGCUCGUCUGAAAGUUAUCGGUCCAGAUGACUCCAAGUUGAUGACCCCCAGUGAUCCCCAUAUCGCACACGCGUAUGGCCUCCCAAAAGUGCACAAAGUGGAUGUCCCGCUGAGGAUUAUAGCGCUACUCAUCAGAUCACCCGCUUACAAUAUAGCUAAGUGGUUAUACAAUCAUCUGAAGCGGCUCACUCAUGGAUCGGACUACAGCAUUAGCAACUCUCAAGCAGUCCUCCGCAGGGUACAAGGCCUCAAAGUAAGUACUGUCCUUUGACGUCGUUGCCUUGUUUGCUUCCAUACAACACGAUUUGACAAGUGAAUAGGCAACCCAACGCCUACAGAACAAUCCUACUGAGAUCCCAACGCAGCAAGUUGCAGAACUGCUAAAUCUUUGCCUUAGGAACUAUUGUAAAUUCGAUAAUAGGUACAAUCAACAAGUAAAGGGAACGCCGAUGGGUCCACCAAUAUCAGGACUGCUCGCCGAAAUAGUGUUGCAGCGACCAGAAGAGGUAGUUUUCCAAACUAUCAAGCCAAAACUAUGGCUUCGCUACGUUGAUGACACCUUGGUCAUAAUAAAGACCUGCGAGGUCGAACGGCUUCACCAGAGACUUAAUGACGUCUUCCCUGCCAUACAGUUUACCCGCGAAGAGGCAAUUGGAGACAGCUUGCCGUUUCUGGAAGUGAGGAUACAAAAGUUGAGCGAUGGUAGCCUAGCAACAAGCGUCCAUAGGAAAGACUCUAAUUCUGAGAUUAUCCUCAACUAUGGAAGCAACCACCCUGCAGCUCACAAAAGAAGCUGCGUCCGAACCCUGUUCCACCGGGCUUACCGUUAUUGCAACAGCAACGAUCUCCUGAACAACGGGCUUGCCCACCUGUAUUGGUUAUUCCGCUCUAACGGAUAUCCGAUCAGUUUCCUAAAGAACUGCCUCAGGCACCAGACACAGUCGCAAGGUCCCACCCCCCAACGGAGCGAUUGUGACACGAAAGUUCUACUCCUUGCCAUUUGUACGUGGAACUUCUGAAAUAAUCGCCCGGCAGUUCAGCCGCUUGGGUAUUCACGCUGCCCACAAACCGGCAUCUUCACCACGCGCAGCAUUAUCUCGAGUGAAGGAUCCCAUCCCCAAAGAGCAACAAAUGAAUGUAAUUUAUCGCAUCCCGUGCGCCAAUGGCUCUUGCGUGUAUGUUGGGCAUACGGGUCAACUCCUGGGCACCCGUAUCAACGAACACAAAUUAGCCAUCCGUCGGCGAGACUCCCUGUCCCUCGUCUUUGCCCAUUCAGUCGAGUACGACCACCGAUUCAAUUGGGAUGGCACUGAGGUCGUCGCCAUGGCUAACACAAAGCGAGCGAGGGAAUUUCUCGAGGCCUGGUACUCCAAUGCGGGUAGUAUCAACCGCCAGGCUGACUUUUAUGCCCAUUACGAGGGUCUACUUUCACGACUGACUGCCCCCUGCCCUAAUCACGCAUCAACGCCCGUGAAUACAGCCGCCCGCAUUCCAACUGAUUCCCCACCCACCCUCCCCCUCCAGCACAGUGUGCUGUAGUUGUUCCCGCCUUCUCUCCCUCCUCCCCUCAUUCAGGGACCUACCAUGACCUCGGCAGCACCCCCCUCACACGUCAGUUGUCUUUCUGUCCUAUCACCAACUGGUCUACUGUAACAACCUACCUUUCUCCCGUGUUUUCAUUUCGUCUGACGACGGGUUGGUGUCACCAGCUCAACUUUUCCGAAGAACGUCUUCUAUUUUUCAUGAUAUCCACUCGGAAUGCAUACCACCUCUGAUCUACAAUCCUCUUGUUAUAUGAACAACUUAUAGCCAAUUGCCGAGGUCCCUUUUGUAUGUCGUUUAACAGAAUCCGUGCUAAAGGAGCUACAACGUCGAUUUUUUGUGUAUUUUUCAGCUGCCCACGAGCAGUAGAUCAGGUCCCGAAUAGUCGCAAAAGAUGGAAGACACCAGAAUGGGGUAUGCAUACUGUGCAGAACCGUUAUCUGAUGCCCCUGCCGCCGAGAACCGCUGGUUUAGUCAGAGCAAUUAAUGAAACAUCAAGUCAUUCCUAAGGCGGAGGUAGUCCACGAUGUCGGUUUGUGACUCUUGUUGUAGUAGACGACGCAAGAGCGGCUGUGAUUGCCUUGACACGGGUUCGAAUGACUACGCACCGGAAACGUCCGCAGGGUGUUUUCAGGACUUUGGGCUGACAGGGCACUUAACAGUUUCGGCGAGCACUGCAAUGAUACUGGAUAUCUACCUGCGCACAUCCUAUUGGUGGGCUUCCACGUCGACCUUAUGUUCUAGAUUAUUGCGAACGGCUAGCUGGAAAUACUUCACUAAGCUUUGGAACGUCAAUGGCAAUCAUUUGGCGCCACAGUUAGUAUGCGCUGUGGCAAGGAAAAAUACGAACAAGAGUGGAUAUUCUGCGUUCUUGCUUAUCUCAGGAAGAAUUGAUGUUCUAUAAGUCUCAUUUAAACGUGUCCACGGACUAACCCAUGAACCGUUAGUACAGGGUGGAAGUAACGGGUCGCUCAGUGUUAGGAGUGAACAUCGUUCGUCACCCGCGCGGUGAUUCAUGUUGAUUGUGGAGCUGGCAGAUGUCCUUAACAGUCAGACACCGUAUUCAACUCUGAAUGUCGUAAACGGACAUUAAAUUACGUGAGUCAGGUAUUCCGUGAAUGGGCAAGGUGAUAUCAACAUCAUGAGUCGGAAGUGGGACUUUGUGACUAACCUGCCUCUCUCUCUGUCGUCUGAUGUAGGUUGGACAGUAGCUACGCAUGUGACUUCGCUGGAUCACGGGGAGAUGUCGAGGUGUGCAACAAAAUGACCCGAACUUACAGGAACAAUGACAUGUAGGCAUUAGCUUGAUUAGGCGUCGUAUGGAACUUCCAGCAGUCAACAUGAAGGUAUGUAGUAACAUAAACUUAGUCUGAUCCAGGCUGUACGGAAUCGAGCGUCACCUCACUUCGGGCCUCACACACAAAGCACACAGGGCACGAAUCCUCAGCCGUACACCAGUAGCGUGCGCCCUCCAUUCCGACAGUUCGACCAUCGAUUUCGACUACGUCCACCGUGUGCUCGACAGCAAGGUGAGAGCAGGGACAGCGACUUGUGCGUGAAUAAGAUUACAGUGAUAGUAGACUUUCGCAGCAUCUACCACACUCUCUCCUCCUCCUCGCCCACCUGGACCCGGUAUCAAGACAGAGUCGAGAAGACCGGGGGCGCGCGAGGGCGCAGGUGGAUGGAACGGUCGAGCCCGCACCUUGGCGCUCCACUCCCCACCCCCUGGUCCACAUACCAAAGAACCAGAUUUUUGACCAACAAUAUUAACGGGGGGAGGACAUCAGGGGUCCCAGUGUGCGCGACGUCCGCCGGCAACCGGGUCCGCCGUCGUACCUGCGAAACGUGGACACCUAUUAUGGUGUGCAAAUCCGUAAGCGCCUGCCAGAAUCCGAUAUGACACCCGUGUUGGUCCAGCGCAUCUACCACAUGGUCCGUUUGGGGGGACACGCUCCAUUUCACGUGUCACAUCACCAACAGUUAUCGCAAAUGCGGACUGGUCACUGACGGAAUUCGGUCACGUUUCUGCAUAUAUAUACAGUGCCUGACCGAUCUCAUUAAAUGUUGGCCAAAAUUCUAGAAUGCGUCUCCGAUUAGGAAGGAUUACUUAAGAGAGGUUCUUAUACUGACUAUCUGGCGGCAUAACCCUACAACAUUUCGGAAUCGGCAGGAUGUCUGCUAUUGAAUGUACUUCUUUUUGACCUCCAGCAGACACCACGCUAUGUAAAAAUGACUACUUAAAUAGCAUGCAUUUUUCCUAUUGAUUUUCGAUGGUCUCUUUAAAUUCAAAUAUAUGUUAUACAGAGCAUGCCCUAAAUAUGCGUACUUUUCCUCAUUUGAUAGGAAAUCACAUUUUCCCUAUAUUUUAUGCCCGAAAAAGAUGUAUAUUUUGUUUUUAAAAAAGUUUCGAAUUAUGAAAUUUUUAAAACCGUGCGAUGACCAUGCAUGCGAGACCGCACACGUCCGUUUACUAAUGCUCCUCAUUAAAUUUACAGCACAGUCCGAAUGCAUUGCAAAAUUUCAUGAAAUUUAUGUGGUAUCUUCUUAAAGGCAUAUAGGAAUAUAUGAGUUUAUUUAGGCGGAAAGCAUGUACCUUGUAGACUGAAAUUGCUAAAUGCUGAUGCAAUGGAAGAUUAACCUGAAAAUUAUUCGGGAAAUGAAAAACUUUUUAAAACCGAAAUGCACACUUUCUUCAAGCAUAAAAUAUGAAAAUAAUGGGUGAAUUCCCGGACACGCAUGUAUUUCGCCGAUCUUGUGACGCUGCCUGACGCAGCUGCGAGGGGUUCGGCUCACCAUUGGAUCCCCCAUAUUUCCCCCUGUGUUUUCUUGUAUACGAACUCCAGUUUUAUAUUGGCUGCCUGUUGGUGGUUUGUGAAUAUAACGCGGUUAUUCCGUGGUAGCUAAUGGAUUUUAGCUCAAAUAUUCAUAUCACCUUUCGGACCAUGCAUGAAACGGUCUGCUCCGAAGAAUUUAUUCUAAAUUCGCGCAUUAAUUUCCUCAGCAAUUAAACAAGGUAAAAUAGCCCAUGUCAUCCGGUAAAAUAUUUUCUGGAAGUUAAGAAAAAAACACUGGUUGUAUGGGGAUCGUUAGCAAUCCCUGGCCCUGAUCGCAAAAUAAAUAAUCAACGACUGGGCUUACAAGGGACUAGCGAAAAUGUACAGUCGGUGUAUUAUUAAUGUGCGCUGAAUUAAUAAUUUAUUCGGGAAACCGGGGCAAUUCGAAGCGCCGUGUAUUGCAAAUAAGACAUUGUUGAAGGCACGCGGAUGCAGUCAAUAACGAGCGUUGGUUUUAUUCCAAUUUUAUGACGAAGGUGGAAUAUUGAAGAUGGCGUGCUGAAAAUUGCACAGCAACGUUACUAGCUACAUUCUCCUAAUGGCCAUUCGUCCCACGGUCCCUUCUUGUGCUCUGAAAUACGGUUUCCAUAACAUAAAUUUAAACAAGAAAAAAGUAACGACACUGGCAUGAUUGUAUGACAAGCAGCGCGACACAUACUUCAAAUGCUGACCCUCCUUGUUCAUAAACGGAAAGCACAAGCACACUCAUGGCGAAUAUUUUCCGACCUCAGGGGACGAGUGACGCAGGUGAGCGAGUUGGGAUUACAAGGUCAAAUCGUCAGGCCUGAUCGAGGUCACACAGCAUGAAGCAGCAGUCGGUGUCGCGUGGAAUGGAGGAGGGGAACUUGGGUAGUUGGGAAGAGGUAUUUUUGACGUCAGGCAUUCGUAUCUUGGCAGUGAGCUACGUGAUGCAUAGUCUCGCGCACCUCCGGCUAUAUCCCCAGUGUCACCGCGGCUUCCGGGUGACAUUGGCGACGGUUUUUGUUUCUCCUAGCAGGGCCUAUAACGUCGUUGUUAGACUUGAUAAGUAGCUUUGUUGUGGAGUUUCUCAAUACCGAAUUGUUUGUUUUCUAAAAGAUCACUUUGGGGUUGGCUCAGUUGACUGACUGUUUUUGCUUGCCUCUGGCAGUUUUGUAUGUGCGACUACGCUGGAGCUCAAAAGCAUGAUGCGUCUUUAAGUAGUCUAACGUGGAUGGCCGUUCCAAAUCAUAGGAACCUUAAGUGUAGACUGGUGAAUAUCCACCGAAUCGUGCCUCGAAGCCGUUGUUUGAUCUCACUUGACGCAGUACCCAUCCCGAAAGAGGGGUAGGUGCUCCAAGGUAUUUCCGGAGCUGUAAUUUCUCUUGGAUUGUCCUUGUCGGUAAAUUUCUCAGACUGUUUGUUUAUGAGCAGGCUGUCCUUCAGUGAAAUUACCCAGCUAUUCACAAUUUCCAGGGAACAAGUAUUUGCAGUCCGUCAUCUAGGAACUUAAACGAAACUCGGAAAAUGUAAGUCCUCUGAGUUUCAAGUGUUCUUUUGAUGGGUUGAUCUGUGGGUACAGCCGUCCUCUCGCCAGCGUACAAUAACAUUCAGGGAAUGCAGCUUGUUUAUACCGCAGCACUGUCAAAAAUUUGCCUUCCGUGGGUGCCUUGCUAAUAAAACCGAAUGUUACGUCACGGUGUCACGUGCUGUCGAUUACGGCGAGCUGCCCGUCUGGUAAAACCGCUAGAUGCUGCAUUUAUUCAGACACCUUUGGCAAGAAAUAAAGGUUUUUUGUUAGACGUUCAGUAUGAGAUGGUUAUAGGAAUUAAAAACUGUCGUGCGAUCAUGUGCUAGAAAGAUUACACCAGCUAAAAAGGUGCUACUCAAAAUGCCCGCAACUAUAAAGAUGAAUCUGCCCGAGAGCAGGGUGUCACGACGCCCUACGGGGGUUAACGAUGAUCAUGGCUACAUUCACCGACUACUGGCCAAAGCCUAUUUGUCCGUGACCGAAAGAGGGUGGGUAUGGUGGCACAUGUCGCUCGAAACGUCGCCCUUUUUGAUCGAUGUCACGCGCGAACGUAUGUUACUCCCCUUGCUAAUUCACCAACUGGCGCCUGCUCGACAUCCUUCUCCCCUUUUCUUGUUUUCCAACACCACCACCGCCACCACCACCACCACCCAUGUGAUAUCACCGGCCUACAACCAGUCACGAGCAGACUUACUCCCAUCCUACUCUCCACCAACCGCGCAGUCCACAUCCAUCCGUCGCACCUUGUUCGGACCAAACAGAGCCCGCUUCCCUACGGCUCCUGCCCUCCGUCCUCGUCUUUGGAAUGAAUAAUUGAGCGAUAUUGUGUCGGUGGUAUUGUGUCGGAGUGUUUGACCAAGGAGUUCCGGGUAUAGGGCUUAUCAGUGGCAGGGGAGCCCUCACGAAUCGCGCUACGAGACUCUCGUUUCGCUGUGACUUGGGGCUCGAUCUCGAGCCCAGCAAGCAGCCGCACAGCGUGCUCGACAAGGUGACGUUAUUAACGGAGAAAAGGGAGAAUGCAAUUGCCAUUUGUGGCUUAUUAGUCAUCCUCAAACCCAGGCUUUGUAAUCUCUGCGACACGAUCCCGCGACCUGUUAGUUAGAAGUCAAAAGUUCCAUAUCUUAGUCGACAUUGUUAUUCCGCCUAUAUUGCUUGCCGCUGAGCGACUGUUGGCGGGACUCCAGAUUCAGCUCCAAGACGCAAUGAGGUGUGCACUGUAACGCGAUCAGCGAGUGCCUCCCCCCACCCGAUUGCAAACGACAGCACGACGAGCCCGUGACUCAGUGGUUAGGGAGUUGAACAUCUAGCAGACAGGCCGUGGGAUCGAGCCUCAGGGGUUGCGAAACCUAAGGUCGGGCAUGGCUGACUGAUGACGGCUAAUAAGCUGGAGACGGCCAGUUCGGUUUCCCUUGCCUUAGCCGGUAGUGCUAUAUGAUUUUUCCCUGGCCAUCUGUCAGUGCAGUCAUGAACGUUGCCAAAUGCUGGAGCUAGCUCCAACCCACGUCGUCCGGCAAUAAAAGAUGUUUUAUUCCUAAAUGUCAAGAAUAUUAAUUUCUGGAUCCCAGAUCUCGUUUUUCUUUUAUUUGUUACCGGGAUCAUGCAUUCUCUUCAUUUUGCCGCAGUAACACUAAUGUUCCAUGAGCAGGACGGUAAGUUUGCAAAGCUACUUGUCUGUUCUGAUGACGAUGUAGCCUGUGCCGUUUAGUGUCUGUCCUUAACUAUGAACCCAGAGUUGUAGUGACGUUUCAGUUAUCCGACGACCAUUAAAAACAUCAAAGACAGUUAAUGCGUAAACCUACAGAUGCACUGAUUUGUCAGUGAAUAGUGUUUUCUUGACGACAGUGUCGGCCCUAUUUUUCUAGUUAUCCAAAAUGCCUACAUACGGGAGAAUCAGGUGGUCUUUCGGGGCGGGAGGGGGGGGGAGGGAUAUACAAAAUGUCAUAUUUUGAAGUCUGAUGAAUAACGUCCACUCCCUGUAGCGAUCCCUUCGUUCGCUCUGCUUUCUUUGCGAUUCCGUUCUGUUGCUGAGAAUGCUCUAGCGAUUGGUCUUAGUACUAAUUAAAAACCAUUGUAUUCUGAAUUAUUAUGGGCCGAAUGUAUCGACAAGAUAUCCAAAACUGUCGGUUAGGCAUGCACACGGACGCCGCUCUUCCACUGAAGUUGACUGUUAUCAACCGUUGCCUUCACAGGAAUUUUAGGGUCUGAUCUGACACCUCCACUAAAAAGUCACCUGUGACAUGAUUAUAAUGUUUACGACAAAAUAAGUAUCACUUUAUUCAUAUCUGGCGGACCAUUACCUAUGCGCCGAAAACGGGUGGAAGAAAACUGACCUCUGUACCUAUGCAGCCGUCAGUUUGGCACAUAUUGCUCGCGUUGACGGCAGCCGUCUAAUUUGGUUUUCUGGCAACGUCACCACAACCUCUGGCCUUGAGUGCUCAUACGCGGAGGUGUGUGUGCUAUCCGUAUGCCAGACUCUACGAGACCCUUAAGUUAGACUCAGUCAGGCGGGCCGGAUAAAAAUAUCGCGCGGAAGGGUGUAACUCGGCCUUUCCUGUCGAUCCUAAUCCAACGCGUGGACCACAGCCUUCAACACCGUUGGCCCGUGCAAACGUCGACAACUACUCAUUUCUGACGCAUACGGUGGGCCUACCGAGGUGUGAGCCUCACUCAGGCAGCCUCUCGAUCGGCAUUUCGAUUCCGUCGCAGGAGAAGCACUUUUUGGGUUUGCAGAUUCGCAGUCUGGAAAUCAGACACGCGUUGUUAGCCAAACCGUAAAUCAAGGCUGCAAUACUGGCUCAUUGGAAGAGCGAUAAGCACAAUGGAGGAGGUCAGAUGGAAAUUCUGGAACUUGUUAAAAAUUAAUCAAAGGGCCUUCUUCUUCCUAAUGGCAUCGGGUGGGGCUUAGGAAUAGCAAGCAAAAUGUAUCGUUGGUUUGAAGCCAAUAGUACAAUGAGGAGGCCCAGUCAGAUGUGCCUAGAGCGUUAAUUUACCGUCCAGUAAAAAGCCUAAAAUUGCCCGCUAAAAAACCAAUUUUUAGAAUAACAUAUCGGAAAGAAUUAUAAAAGAAACUAAGGAGUCUUUUAUACAAAAGCUUAAGAGCAGAAUUAGUGUGGAAAAAUUAGUCAAGGGCAGCGUCCAUUCGUGGCAGAAAGACAUCGGUUUCGGGGUACGUACGUACAUGUAGUGAAAAACAUUGUUUACGGAAUACCAGAAUUAUAGAAAUAAGCGAGCAAUAUAAGUUGAAUUUGGAUUGACUUAUUUUUCAGAGCGUUCGACAGAUUGCAGAAGUUAGACCUGGGGAAAACGACCUCGAACUUUUAAAAUCCCCAAAGUCUCAGAUAAAUUUCUGAAAACCGAAAUAAUAAUAAUAAUAAUGCAUCUCCCGCAUAUAGCACGGAGUAUGCAAUACUAAACGCUUCAGGAUUCCCAGCAGUUGGCAUGCUUUGUCGAGAAGUAUCUACAAGGUAGGGCCAGAACCUGCGAACUCUGGUGAACACAGCAACACUCUCCAUUGGGACAAUUAUAUAUCUGCUGUGCAACAUAAUUUAAGUUCAAACAGGUUAGAGUGGGCGGCUGACCGAUUUCUGUUGACUGCCAUCAAACCCGUGAACUAGCACACACAAGAUUUAUAGGGGCGUUGGUCAGGUAAACGGACCCGUAUUGGUGAGAAUGCCAGACUGUACGUACAUUAACGCACAGAUAUGGUGGGUUUUGGUGAGUCAGCUACUGCUGCUACUGAUGAUGAGGAUUAGGAUGAGGAGGAGAAGGAUGAGGAGGAGGAGGAUGAGGAGGAGGAGGAGGGGGAGGAGGAGGGGGAGGAGGAUGAGAAGAAGAAGGAGGUGCUUCCACCAAGUACCGACAUUGGUUUACGUAACUUCUUUAGGCAGCCUCGAGUGAGAGAAAGAGAGAGCAAGAGAUAUGGAUGGAGAGGAAUACGCUUUAUUUUGAAAGUAUUACUCAAAAUGUACAGCAAAAACGGCUCAAUGCUCUUUUGCUCGCAUAUAAAUUUACAAAUGACGCAGAAGUAAAAAGGUUUGCAGCAUCUGACCUUCUCUUAGUCAAUUCUCUGACGGUAUUUGUGAAAUCUCAUACAGAACUUGAAUUUUGGUGAGCGAUUCCGUACGCCAAGAACGUCUCCGAGGCCGUCAGUCGCCUUCUCCCAUCACUUGGAGUUUGAGUCGCACACAGACCAGAGGCAACCAUUGAACUUCUGAUGAUGAGACCAAAAGACCCACUGCUACGGCAGGAAACGUCUGGAGUCGUUUUUAAGCUCUGCCGUAGUUGUGUGCAAAGUAACUACGUCGGAGAAACUGGAAAAUUACUGGGACGCGAAUUGCCGAACGCGCGACAGCAGUGCGAAAAAAUGAAGCCAACUGUCAAGUCACGACCAACUAGACGAGACCCGACGACACCUUCAAGUUCGAUGAGGCCGAAAUUUUCGCGAAAGGUGAUAAUCGCGUGAGCCGCGAGUUGCUCGAGUCAUGGCUUAUGGGACCGCAGCCUUUCAACAAGUACAAUGAUAUCCCCACCACAUAUUCGGUGAUGAGACGUAGUCUGGCCAAGACAAUUAGCCGCUUAGGAAGCGCUCGGACCAGUGGGCCAGGUGGCUGAGAAAGCAUGACACUAACAUUUAACACGGAUGGUGAGAUUUCAGCCAUUAGGCAAUUAGCACACCAGCGGACAACACUCCUCGAUGAUAGGGGACAGCCGCUAAUUAUCAUAAGUAUGCAGUAGCAUAGUGACUGCAUCACAUGAAUACUGCAAUUUCCUGUGCAUAAACUACCCCUAUCUGUUACUGUCUCCGAUGCUGUGUUCGAGCGAGAAUUCGAAACGUCGGGCGAAUAAAGCUGCUGUUCCUGCGAUCGCUUCUACUUCUUAAUCCCGAUAACGACUGCUAGAAUCCGGCGUGGCCUCCGCAUCUACCGCUUGGCCCAUUUUAGGAGUAAAUUAAUAGUUCCCUGACAGACCACAGAAGAACCAGUCUUGUCCUAAGCCAUUUUCCUUGUGGUAUAUCGACGUACAGUACGUGACCCAACUCAUUAAAGGUGUCGAGAUUUACGAAUGAUUGCCAAUCACUCGCAAACCAACACCAUUUAAUGAAUCCAAUGUUUAUGUUAAGUAAGUAAAAGUUUGAAAAUAUUUAAAAAAACAACAGAAAUAUCAAAGGCAAUGUUGCGUUGUUUACAAAUGCCCAUUUUUUUGGAAAAGCGCAAUAUCCCGAAAACGUCAGAAAUGGCUAUGAUAAAGUAAACUUCAUUUUUAGAUGUAAAUGAUGAAAUAUCAUACCAAAGACAGCCAAUAUGACAGUAAAAAUAAAAUAACGUUUAAUAAUAGUGUUUCAGUGGAGUUUGCAAUUAAAUAUCGUUUAAUAAUUAGUGUGAUUUCAUAUAUUGCGGUUAGUCAACAGCCUGCAUUCUGUGUAUAGAUUUCAAAACAGUGUUCCAGGGUUUUGUGUUAUUUUUGACUCGUUUGAGUUAAAUAAGAUGAGGUUAAACAGGAGAAACUGGAUUUUUCUUGAUUAAACCAAUGGAGACGUUGAAGCAACAAAAGUUGUCACAACGUGACAUGCUGCUAGGCCAAUCGGUGUCUGACAAAUUUAAAAUGAACUGACAGGCGUGAUCGUAAACAUAAAUUUUUUUGUUUGUAGAGAGAACUUUUCUUCCAUUUAAUUAAGUUAUAAUUUUCCUUCGUUCUGGAUUAUUUUGAGUUUCAGAUCGGCCUUGAAAUAUUGCUGAAUACUUCAUGAUUUUCAACGUUUUCACCCGAUCGUCCAUAAAGAGAGAUUCGAAAUUACCUAUCUCUUAAAAACUUUAAAAUAAGAUAGUUUUUGAAGGGAUUUACCGAAUUGGCGAGUAUUUUAGCGCUCCUUUUCACGAAGAUGGUCGUUUGGGUUACAUGUGAAGACUCAUUCAAGCAUCAAAUUUCAUUUUCUAAAAAAUGGCUGUCUACAACGAAAGUCAGCUACGAAUAUGCCUUCGAUCAAUACGGAAACCUUCCCUAAUAAGUUACCUCUUUAAGAAGUGCUUUAAUACUGCACUCCGUUGGCGAAUCUUUGUAUACCUUACAUUUUUCACAAUGAAGCCAAGAAAAACUCGCACACUUUUGGCCGUUUCUUUCGCGUUUCUAAACCAUACCAAUAUUUUUCUACCGUAAACGUAAGAACAUGCCUUUUCUAUAUGUAUUGCGGUCAUUUGCACUGUUUUUUUUGCUGGCUUUUAAACUGCGUCUUUCGAGUAUGAAUGCACGGCGGAGUGCCCAUCUAAAUACUUAUAUUUCGCGGAAAAUAUUAAUGUUUCGCUCGUUCCAUUUCUGAAUUAGGUAUUUGAAGAAGCUAGACCACGCAACAAGUAAUCCUUCAUAUGUCUAAAACUGGAAAUGACCAUUCGGUGGUGGUCAUGUAUGUGAUAUCACGUAAAAUUUUCAAAACGACAAAACAAUGUCAGUCCAUUUAAACGAGGGAAUCCCUAUCUGCGUUAAAACUGCACUUCAGGGCACCACAUCACACAGAUCUGUUGAUAUGACUUUGAAGAAUAGACAAAACAUCUGGUUUUCUUAAAAUAACCUUUUUGUUUGCUAGUUCAUGACCACGGUUAGCAUCAGGCAUAAAAUAAAUUUUCAAGUACAGCUGUCUCUGUUUACUAAAAAUCUCGCGGGUAAUUUAUUUUUCUUUCAGUGAAAAAACUCGCUCAGAUACGCAACUGGAGUCUAGGACGUGUAUUAGCAUACGAAAUGGCACGAAUAUAUUGCAACGUCCAUUUUCGCUAAAAUUUAUUAAUAGUUUGUUUGACAUAAUUACGUAAACACAAUUUCUGCACAAGAAAAGGAAGUGGAUGGACAAGCAAAAUACGCAACGCUAAAGACAUCCAGAAAUUCUCGCAUCAGUUUCCGUAAUCAGAUUUCAGCCUGCCGCGACGCAAAAAAACCCAGUUUGGAAAGUUGCCAGCUGACGGGAUAACUCGGAUCAAAGAUCAGACCGCGAUAGUUCUUGACGGUGACUCAAUGGCGCCUCUAGUCCAUUAAUUUUUCUAUAAUUUGCGAGACCUCGUGAACGCUUGAACCUUAUUUCCUUGAAAGCAAGUUCGAAAUCUCCAUUCCCAGGCCGACUAACCGACAGUUCAAACCACUGUUACCGACUAUGUGUAUCGUGUGCCCCACAGUAGGGUGGACGCGGGAAAAGUGACUUGCGUGGGAAUUACUUUAUAGUGGUAUUGGACUUGCACAGCACCCGGCUAACCAGCAUAAACAAGGUAGAGAUUGCUGCUAAUACGUCUAAACGUGACUACAUGUAGGUUGCAGGUAGCGUCGGUGUCAGGCGCGCGUUGGUGCGAGAUAUCACGCCUGUUGUCUAUUGCCAGAAGUGUGAAAUGCAACGUGUCUGUGAGGGUGGUUCUCGUCUGAUGUGAACUUUUAAUAGGUGAUGAUGAUGAUGAUGAGGAGGAGGAGGAGGAUGAGGAUGAGGAUGAGAAUGAUGAUGAUGAUGAUGAUGAUGAUGAUGAUGAUGAUGAUGAUGAUGAUGAUGAUGAUGAUGAUGAUGAUGAUGAUGAUGAUGAUGAUGAUGAUGAUGAUGAUGAUGAUGAUGAUGAUGAUGAUGAUGAUGAUGAUGAUGAUGAUGAUGAUGAUGAUGGAUUCGAAGCGUCAAUCAAAUAA